GUAGAGCCAUGUCCUCUUGCAAUUUUCCCGGGCUUCUCUCCCAACCUCACACCUUCGAACGGAAAACCAUCCAUCUCUCUGUCUCUCUCUCUCUCUGGUUUCCUCUCCAACUGAACAGUUCCAAAAAUCUCACCUUUUUUUGUUUUUGCAGCAAUCAAGCGAUCUAUUCUUAACAGAAAUAAUCCACUCCAAUGUUCGAUUAGGUGGGACAAAUUUUUAGUUUUCUUCUCCAGCAAUCUUCUUCUUCACACGCUCUCUCUCUCUGUAUCUCUCUAGGGUUUCAUCUUCUCUCCCAAUUUCUGUCAUCGGAGAAGCACGGCUCUCUGCUUCCGCGAUCAGAACCACGCCAAUCUCCUCUCCCACCUCUUCGAUCUUCUCCCCAAAUUUUCGAGGUGGGUAACCCUACGCAAACCCUAAUUAUUUCAGGAACACUGCGCUCCGGUGAGAGGGAUGAGCUGACAAACUCGAUCAGGAUUUUGCGGGCCAAAUUCAUAGCCCUGGGGCGUGUAAUGGUUCGAUUCCUGAAGAGAAGACAGAGCUUGGACAAGCCUUCGCAGGAUAAGAACAUGUCCGACAUGAUAGGAAGGCAAGUUCCGAGCUUUACUGCUGAGCAUGGAAGGAUUAAUGUGGAUGAUAAGUGGUUUAGGAGUCAUGGAGCCAUUGAAGAGCAGCAGAUUCGGUCUGUGUUUGAUCGGUCAGAGAACAGAACGCCCAAAUUUAGGGUUGGGGAGGGUGGUUCUUGCCCUAGCUGCGGCGCCGGGCUGCGCGGGCAGCCUUCUGAUGUAGAGCUAAUGAAGGAGAGGUUUGCAAAGCUGCUUCUGGGUGAAGACAUGUCAGGAGGUGGAAAAGGAGUCUCAUCAGCUCUGGCUUUGUCCAACGCCAUCACCAACCAUGCUGCUUCUGUGUUUGGUGAACAAGAGCAUUUGGAGCCUAUGGCUGCUGAAAGAAAAGCAAGAUGGAGGAGAGAAAUUGAUUGGCUUUUAGCUGUCACAGAUCACAUUGUAGAGUUAGUCCCUUCUCAGCAAGUUGGAGAUGAUGGAACCAAAAUGGAGAUAAUGACGACUCAACAACGCAGAGAUCUCUUGAUGAACAUUCCGGCGUUGCGCAAACUAGAUGCAAUGCUCAUUGGCUAUCUUGAUGAUUUUAAGGAUCAAAACGAGUUCUGGUACGUCAAGGGAGACGAGGAAAGCUCGGAAAAAUGGAAUUUAGACAGAAAGGAUGACAAGUGGUGGCUCCCUGCAGUAAAGGUUCCUCCAAAUGGCCUCUCUGAAAUAUCCAGGAAAUGGCUGCAAUUUCAGAAAGAAUCUGUAAACCAAGUUCUUAAGGCAGCCAUGGCCAUUAAUGCUCAGGUUCUAAUGGAAAUGGAGAUCCCUGAAGCUUACAUUGAUUCCCUCCCUAAGAAUGGAAAGGCAAGCUUGGGAGAAUUUCUAUACCGAAGCAUAACGGCCGAAUUCUUCGAUCCGGAGCAAUUUCUCGCAUCGAUCGACUUGUCGACGGAGCACAGGGUCCUCGACCUUAAGAACCGCAUCGAGGCGUCGGUUGUGAUUUGGAAGAGGAAGAUGCAUAACAAAGAUGGCAAGUCUUGGAGCUCAAGUGUUAGCUUGGAGAAGAGGGAGCAGUUUGAAGAGAGAGCUGAGACAAUCCUUCGCCUCCUAAAGCACCGGUUUCCGGGCACCCCUCAGUCGGCUCUAGACAUAAGCAAGAUUCAAUUUAACAAAGAUGUGGGACAAGCUGUUCUUGAGAGCUAUUCGAGGGUCCUCGAAAGCCUGGCGUACACGGUGAUGUCCAGGAUCGAAGAUGUGUUAUACGCAGAUCAGCUCGCGCAGGAUCCAAUCGAGAAGCUAUACAGUAGAAGCUCAUCAAAGCUUAAAGAAGAGAUGGAGAAUGAGGAUUCAGAGCAGCGAACCUCGAUGACACUAUCGGACUAUAUGGGUUGGCCUUUUGAGCAGGUCAAUGGGAACGAGAAGACAGCGCCGGGUAACUUUGAGGAUCUCUUCACCUCAGAAGAAUCAGAGCUGAAGAAGCUUCCUAAGAUUGUGACUCCAAAGAAGGUUUCUUAUAUAGAGAAGGUGGAGAAUUUGGGAGGUUUACGAAGUCCGACUUCUCGCCAUUAAUGAGAACUAUGAGCUUGAAGGAGGAAGAAUGAGGCAAACUUGAAGUGAAUGGGAGUGUGGGAGACAAUAGUAGAGAAGAGAAGUUUUGGUUCAAAUGUAUAUAUAUUUAAAAGAAGCCCAAGAGUGAUUAGUAGAGCGUUGUUAACAGGAUUUGUUCGUUGGAUUUAUUAAAUCCACCCAAACAUAAAAAACCACAAGUUACAUGGAUUUAUUAAAUUUUGGAUUUAAGGUCCAAAUUUUACCUUUGAUUCAUGUUAAAUUCAGAUUUAAUAAAUCCAAUAAAGAGGUUGAUUUAAUAAAUCUAGAUUUACUAAUGCUAACUCCGUCCUGCAGCCAACACUAAGGAGACAAGAACGCGGGAGAAAGUGACGAAACGUGAAAAAAUUAGAUUUAACGGAGCUUUAGAUUUAAUAAUCAUAUUUUUUAUGAUUGGCUGGAUUUAAGUUAAAUUCAUACCUAAAUCUGGUUCAUAAUAUGCUACCAAAUGCUGCCUAAG